GUUUCUUUUGUGUCUCUUUUGUUUAUGCCCGAACAACUAGGCACGGGACUCAACAGAAAGAUGGUGGUUACCGAGGACGAUUCUCGUGACAGUGCGGAAGUAAAUGUCACAGAAAAUAUGGAUAAUCAUCAGCCUAACGUUGAAUUAGUUCCAAGAACCGAACAAGAUAACGACGAGAGAAAUGCAAAUGCAGAAAAUGAUGAACAAAGAAGGAAAGCUCAGCCGUCACGUUUAGAAUCGUUCUUCGCCAUAACAAAAUCGCUAAUCAUACGAGCCCUUAUAAUUUAUUUUAUUAGUAGCUUCUUCAGACGUCCUGAUAAUAAUCCCAAGUCUCCCAAUGGUGUUAGCGAUACACGUUUACAAGCUGUAAAUAUAUUUCCUAAUGGAACAUUGUUUGACCUUAGUGUUUAUCUAUCAGAAUCUGAGAAUUUUAAACAAUUCAACGAUCCACGGUCAUUGAUUUGGUUUGAAGAAGGUCUGAUUUAUGGAGAUUGGUAUAGUGGACCAAAUCAAGAUGGGUCUAGAAUUUUCGAGUACUCCUUUAUUCCUUCAGAACGUUUAAAACAAAAUGGCUCUAUUUAUCUUCAUAUAUAUAUAACAAAAAGUGGAAAAUCGCCAAAUCCCAAAGCUGGCAAGGGAAUUUAUGGUGGUGAUUAUAUAUCUUACUCGAGAAAAAUGUUAAAUAAGUUUAAAAAAAUUAGAUAUCAAAAAAGGCACAAUUUAUUAACUGGUGAAACUACUGCUAGUAAAGAGGAAAUAGCAAAAGCUGAAUUAAUGAAUCAAGAAUAUGUGUCGCACUGGCAUCCAAAUUUAACUGUUAAUUUAGUGAUUGAUCAAACAAAUUGGGUGUAUGGUCAAGUACCGCAACCAUUGGAUGAAUAUGUACAUUUCUUACCUGGUGGAAAUGCAUAUAAGCCAAUAAUUUAUAUGAAUGAUUUCUGGAACAUGCAACGGGAUUACCAACCACUGAAUAAUACUAUAGAACAAUUGGAACUCAGAUUGACUUAUCAACCACUUUCAUUAUUUAAGUGGCAAAUUUAUGCAGCACAGUCUGUUCGAAAUAAAUGGACAUCAUCAAUUAUGGGAGAAACAUCUGAUGAGGAUGAUAAUGAUCAAGAUACUUUGAAGGAAACCUUACUAGAAACAAAUCCAUAUCUAUUAGGAAUGACUAUAAUUGUAUCAGUUUUACAUAGUGUAUUUGAAUUUUUAGCAUUUAAGAAUGAUAUUCAAUUUUGGAACAAUCGAAAAUCCUUAGAAGGUUUAUCCGUUCGCUCCGUAUUUUUCAAUGUAUUCCAAUCUCUCGUAGUUCUUCUUUAUGUUCUGGACAACGAGACAAACACAGUUGUGCGCAUCAGCUGUGCAAUAGGUUUAUGCAUCGAAGUAUGGAAGAUAAACAAAGUUAUAGACAUUAACGUCAAUAGAGAAAUGAGAGUACUUGGAAUCUUUCCAAAGAUAUCAUUCCAAGAUAAGGGAUCAUAUGUGGAGUCUUCUACAAAAGAAUAUGAUAGACUUGCCUUUAAAUAUCUUUCAUGGGCUUUGUAUCCUCUGUUAGGUGGAUACGCGAUUUAUUCUUUAAUGUACUUGGAACAUAAGGGAUGGUAUUCUUGGAUCCUCAGUAUGUUAUACGGAUUUCUUUAUUAUCUUUCAUGGGCUUUGUAUCCUCUGUUAGGUGGAUACGCCGAUUUAUUCUUCAUACUAAGAUGUCAUUCGUAUGAUGUCUAAAAUGAACAUUUAUCGGUUUUUUUUUUGUAUUGGUUUACGCUCGGUUGCUUCCGCGACGAUAUUGUUUUCUGUAUAUUUUUGUACCAAAGAUGGAUAUACAAGACCGAUCAUUCUAGAGUAAAUGAAUUCGGUUUUUCCGGAGAGAUGGAAACGCAACUGGCGGAAAGUAAGAAACAAGUAGCAAUCACCAAUCGCUCGAAAGAUGAGGUAGCGAAAAAGAAUGAAUAAUAUUUGUGGUAUUUAAGUUUAGCAUCGAUAUACGCAUACGUUAUAUCUUACAUUGUUUCCGAGAAUUAAUAAAAUUAUCCGAUACCAAAGGAAUAUAAUUACACACAUUUACAUUUAUUUAUACAAUUUCCGCAUAUAUUGUGUGUGUAUAUGUAUAUUUUACUAAAGUAUUCCCAAAUCGACCACAUGCAUACCGCGAUGUGCAUUGUGAAGGAAAAUAGUAAACAAUUUCUGUUGAAAACGUCUCAAUUUUUUUUCGACCCAAAUUUAUGUACAAAGAUAUUAUGAAGAGGUCAAAUUUAUCAUGUAUAUCAUAUAAUCUUAUGUAAGAAAUUGUAAAUGUAGAUUGUAUGCUCAGUAACAUUUAUGACAUUCGUGUAAAUGUCUAAUUGUAAAGUGAAUAUUUACAACUGAAUAUACUACAGCGAAAAAUGUCGUCCCAUCAGAUAUUUAACAAAACACACAUGAAAACCCAAUAUGAAUAUGAAUGAUUUCAGAUAAUGUUAGUAUUCGUAUUAUCGAGCGAGAUGUUGCUCUAUGAAAUAAAAAAGUUUAAUAUUAUCAUA